AUGACACACGUCACACCACAUUGCAGUCUGGUACGUUCGUCUGGAAUGUUCUUUUUAAAUUUCUGCAUCAUGAGACUUGAAGACAAGGCUGCAUGGUUAAGUCAGACGGCAACUUUCAAACAAUUCGUAAAUCGAACGUUUGCUAAAAAUUUAAAUUUUGGUAAUCUAGGCCAAACAUUCUACUGGGCGAAUAAUAAUUUUGAGUAUGAAAAAACAACAGCAAAACCACUGCAAUACAACAUAAAAAAAAAGCUUCAGAACAAUAUUUUCAGAAGAAAUGUUACACUUCCACAGCUCGGCCAUCGUCAGCAGCUGUGGAGAGGCAGCAGCGUUCCACGUGACGAGGUGUUAACAUGUAAUUGUCUGCUCUGUCUCCUCUUUAUGAUCGUGUCAUCAAUUGGCUCGUAG